AUGGAACUCACGGGAUUCUUCCCACAGAUCUUCCGUCGUCUGCCAAACGAUGAGCUAGCCAUAGAUGGACACACAAUCUGGUACGACGACCGGAAGUUCGAACGCGUUGCGUAUGCGGUUAUUUGUUUUGUGAGACUGGGGAUGUUUAUUGUUCCUUUUUGGGUGUUGGAUGGACUUGCGGGACGGAGGGGAAGUUGGGGGUUGUUAGUGGGUUUGUGGUGCUGUUUUAUGGGGUUGUGGCUUUGGGAACUACGGCUAGGGCUUUUGAGAGUUUGGCUGCUGCUGCGGCGUGA